GGGGAUCUAGCGCGGAGGAAUGGAUGCAUGGGUGCAUGGGGAGAAGAACAUCGGCGACGCGCAGCGUGCGUGGUCAUCAUCAUCAUCCUGCUCGGGGAGCAAGGUGGCCGAGGAUAGGAAGAGGAGGGCGAGGUGACAGGGCAAGGGCAGUAAAGCAGAGGCAGGGCAGAGGAGAGCAGAUUGGAGGGAUUCCAGAUUGUCAUGGUGAACUUCUUCUGCAACACGCCAAAUUUUCGUCCAUUGGAAGUGUUGGGCCAAUUUCAGCAGCCUUGCUUCUCCUGCCUCUGCUGCUGCAUUUGCUCUCGACAGACAUCGCGAGUGGCGUGGCCUGGUUCCUGCUAAGAGACUCGGCGAUGGAGUUAGGCAGGUUGCGGCUUAGUGGUCUGGGGCGUCAUAAUUCUCUGUUCCAUGGCACGGCUGUGGCGAAUUCCAAGGUUUUGCUUCAGGAUAGGCAGGUCGUCGAGUGGCUCCGCAGCUCCAGUGCAGUGAAUGGAGGUCCUAUCAAACGCGUUGCCAAGACUUUUGCCGAAUUGGAUAGGAGGAAUGAUCAACCGUCAGGUUCUAGAAGCUCUCGCCCCCGGAGGACUACCGAAGCCAAGAAGUAUUAUUUCUCACAGGAAUCUGAGGCAGCCACCUCCAGUGCCCCUCCUUUUAACCCAGCAGAAUAUUUACCUGGGGUUCUUGGAGUCGGGGCCGUGCUCGGGGCAGGCUAUGUUUUAUUCAAGAUGCUAAGCAAUCGGGGAUCGACCCCUACCGCGGGCAACGCGGGUACAUUGCCCGGCAUUGGUGGCAUUGGGGGAGAGAAGAAAUUACGUCGAGAAUCUGCAGCGAAACUUAACGAAUUUUCUCGCGAACUGAGAACUUUUCGAGAAGUAGAUCUAUCCGGUAAAAGUUUUGGAGAUGAGGGCUUCAUUUUCCUUGCAGAGGGUUUAGCCUUCAACGGGUCAGCAGAAAGUGUCGAUUUUUCAGCGAAUGGGAUCACAGCAGAAGGAAUCAAGGCUCUGACACAAGUCAUGGCAACGAAUACUUUCAUGAAAACAUUCAACCUGUCAGGAAACAACAUCGGCGACGAAGGAGCCCAGAUUCUUGCUUCUAUACUAGAGAAUAAUCAAGGCAUACAAAAAUUGCAACUAAAUAGCAACAACAUCGGCGAUGAGGGUGCAAAAGCACUUGCGGAACUGUUGAAAAAAAACCCUUACAUCACGGUGCUGGAGCUGAACAACAAUGUUAUUGAUUAUUCUGGGUUUGCGGCACUUGGAGAUGCUUUAAUAGCGACCAAGACACUGCGCGCAUUGCACCUGAAUGGAAAUUAUGGUGGAGCUCUUGGAGCCUCUGCAUUUGCGAAAGGUCUGGAAGAGAAUAAGUCUCUCAGGGAAGUACACCUUCAUGGAAACUCAAUUGGAAACGAAGGAGUUCGUGCGUUGAUGGGCGGCCUCAUGUCUCACAGAGGGAAGGUGACAUCCGUAGAUUUAGGGAAUAAUUCAAUAGGGUCACAAGGAGCAUUCCAUGUAGCAGAAUUCAUCAAGAAAAGCAAGAGCCUGAUGUGGUUGAAUCUGUACAUGAAUGAUAUUGGUGAUCAGGGUGCCGAAAAAAUUGGGGAAGCUCUGAAACGAACGAAAACGUUAUCAACCAUUGAUUUGGGUGGAAAUAAUAUAGGCCCAAUAGGAACCAGUUACAUAGCGAAUGCCGUCAAGGAAAAUGUGUCAAUUACCACGUUGGAAUUUAGCUACAACCCGAUAGGCCCUGAUGGCGCGAAAGUUCUGUCGGAAACUCUCAAGUUUCAUGGCAACAUCGAAACUCUCAAACUAGGCUGGUGUCAGAUAGGAGUAAAAGGUGCCGAGUACUUCGCUGAUUCUUUACAGUAUAACUCCACUAUAUCCACCCUGGAUUUGAGGGCUAACGGGCUUGGUGAUGACGGUGCAGCAGCUUUUGCUCGCAGCUUACGGGUUGUGAAUGAGACUCUCACAUUUCUUGAUCUAGGCUUCAAUGAGAUAAGGGACAAGGGGGCUUUUGCUCUGGCGCAAGCACUCAAGGCGAAUGGAGAGGCCGCUGUUAAUACCCUCAAUCUCACUAGUAACUUCUUCACCAAAUAUGGACAGGUAGCAUUGACAGAAGCGAAGGAGCAUGUGAGUGAGAUGAACGAUGGGAAGGAGGUCAAUAUAUACUUCUAGAUGUAGUCUGAUGGAGGCAGACAGCUUCUUGCUGAUGGUUUUUUUGGGAGACGUGGCCUCUUUUGUGCUCAUAAAUCGGUGUAGAAUAUGUCGAAGAAAAUUAGUUGAUGAGUCUAGGUUGAGCCAAAUUUUUUUCGCUCUGCGAUUUUGUAAAGGUGAAAGCUGUCCAAUGUAAAUGGAGAUGGUAAAUUACGUGACGAAGAGAAAAGAAUUCCCAGUUUACACGAAUUUUACGGACAUUGUUGGGAGACAUUUAUGUUUUGUAGAUGCAUGAUGAGUACGUGGAUAAAAUGCGGAGGCGUAGCAUAACGUGAAGUCCACACAAACUCCGUGUAGGUCUAGUGUUUUCUCCUGUGGGAACUUCCGGAAGGACCAAUUCUUUAAAGAAUAACACCCGCCGCACAUCCAACGAGAACAUCUCAUCUUAAUAUUGAUUCUGAAACAGC